UAAUUUAUAAAAACUUCACCAGUCUAAGUCGAUAAACGAUUGCAUCACGUUUUCAUUCCCGAGCUUUACAAGGACACUGUUAAGAAUAUAAGUGUUGAAAUUAGUGUUUUGUGAGUUAAGCAUUGAAAACAAAAUGUUGGAACCUUUGCUCAGUCAACUAAAUAGCAUGAGAGUGGUGUUGGCCAGUAGCUCUAAGCAACGUGCUAAUUUAUUAAGCAGUAUGAAACUAAAGUUCGACAUCGUGUCCUCUGAUUAUGAGGAAAACCUGAACCCAAGAGACCAUACUUUCUCGGAUUUUGUUGAAAAAACUGCUUUAGGGAAACUAAAUGACGUUCAUGAAAAACUGAAAACCGACUCGAGACCUCCAGACCUAAUAAUUGCUUCUGACACCAUGGUGACUUGUAACGGAAAGAUGUAUGGUAAACCAAGAACUAAAGAAGAGGCCAUAGCUACUAUAACUGACCUAACCCAACAAGACCUCCCAAAUAGCGUAUACACAGGGGUAGUGAUUUGGUACAAAAACAAAAUCCACAAAUUUACAGAAGUGACCACCGUGUACAUGGCCCCUUUAACCGACAAAGAAAUAUUAUCGUACGUUGAAACUGGAGAGCCCAUGGGAAAAGCUGGAGGAUAUGGAAUACAAGGGCUUGCCAGCACAUUCGUUACCAGAAUCGAAGGGGACUUUAACAACGUGAUCGGAUUACCACUUUGCCGAUUAGCAUUUACACUUAAGAGAAUUGUUACUGGCUCCACCUAAAUACAUUUCCUAUGCGUAUCUUAUAACUUCCUUUAAAAACUUACUACAAAAUAAAUAACAAUGAUAAAUUC